UUCCGCGGCUGAAUUUCGGAAACGCCAGUCGUCUUUUGCGAACGUAACGACAGCACUUCGACCGUUCGUGUUUGCUAACGAUUGGCGUUUAGAGUCGUGCGUUUCUCCAGUGCAUGGCUGUAGCUUCGGGUCUUUGAGGAAGGGCGCCUCCAUGCCUGAGGGGGGGAAGUGACCAUACGCAACAGGUACCAAAAGCUACCAGUCGACUCUGGAACGUCAGAGAGGAAGCACGUACAGGAAUGUGUUAAAGUUUGGUAUCAGUGACUGUGAAACGUUAUUACUUCAUUAUUUCUUUUUAUUUGUAUUUUUGUUCGCUUCGUCGUAUAUUCGGAAAGAGUGAUUAUUUUUUUAAGACAUGUUUUAAGAAGGAACAGAUUUUCCCACUGUGAAAUUCUUGUCACUUCAAUAAUCGACGAUGGCUGACAAUCCCACAUUCGAAAUCGAAGAGGGCGCCACACUCCCGCAGAAGGAGAACGGCGCCACACUCCCGCAGAAGGAGAACGGCGUCAUCCAGCCCCAGUUGGACGCCGAGGCUCCUCCUCCUCCUCCUUCGCCGUCUCCUGAAGAAGAGGCAAAGGAUGCUUUGACGUCAGAGCUGCUCUACACUGUGGAUGAUGUUCCUCCCUGGUAUAUGUGCAUCUUCCUUGGCUUGCAGCAUUACCUGACGAUGGUCGGCGCCACCAUCACCAUCCCCUUCCUCCUGACGCCGCUCAUGUGCAUCGACGACAACGACCCGGCGAGAGGCAAGCUGGUCUCCACCAUCAUCUUCGUCUCGGGCAUCGUGACCCUCCUGCAGGCCACCUUCGGGGUCAGGCUCCCCAUCAUCCAGGGGGGCACCUUCAGCUUCCUGGUCCCCACCAUCGCCAUCCUCACCACCACUUUCGAGGCCUGCCGGGACCUCCCCCUCGCCACCAUGACGGAGGAGGAGCGGGAGGAGGUUUGGCAACAGCGCAUGAGGGAAAUCCAGGGUGCCAUCGCUGUGUCGGCGAUUUUCCAGGUGCUCGUCGGGUUCACAGGCAUCAUUGGCAUUCUGCUGACGUGGAUCACGCCGCUGGCCAUCGCCCCGACAGUCGCCCUCGUCGGCCUGUCGCUGUUCGAGGUGGCCGCCGACAAGGCCUCGCUGCACUGGGGCGUCUCCUUCAUGACGAUGGCGCUGCUUAUCCUCUUCUCGCAGUACCUGAGGAACGUGGGGGUCCCUGUUCCCACGUACAGCAAGGACAAGGGGGUUUCUUUCUCGUCCGUGUACAUCUUUAAGCUCUUCCCUGUCCUGCUCGCCAUCCUGAUCUCGUGGGGCUUCUGUGGCAUCCUGACGGCCAGCGGCGCCUUGUCGGAGAACAACAAGGCACGGACGGACCUCACCACGGACCUGCUCGACAACUCUCCCUGGUUUAGGGUCCCUUAUCCCGGCCAGUGGGGGACGCCCACGGUGUCCGUGGCGGGCGUGUUCGGAAUGCUGGCCGGCGUCCUCGCGUCCAUGAUCGAGAGCGUCGGGGAUUACUACGCAUGCGCGAGGCUGGCAGGGGCGCCGCCGCCGCCAACCCACGCCGUCAACCGCGGCAUCGGCAUCGAGGGCAUCGGGUGCAUCCUGGCCGGCGUGUGGGGCACGGGCAACGGCACCACCUCCUACUCCGAGAACAUCGGGGCCAUCGGAGUCACCAAGGUGGGCAGCCGGCGCGUGGUCCAGUACGGCGCCGUCAUCAUGAUCGUCGUGGGAAUGCUGGGCAAGUUCUGCGCCCUCUUCGUCACCAUCCCGGAGCCUGUGGUGGGCGGCGUCUUCUGCGUCAUGUUCGCCAUGAUCUCGGCUGUCGGACUCUCCUCGCUGCAGUUCGUCGACCUCAACUCCUCCAGGAACCUCUUCGUCCUCGGAUUCUCGCUCUUCUUCGGCCUCGCGCUGCCCAAGUGGAUCGAGAGCAACCCGGGUGUCAUCAAAACGGGGGACGCCAUCGCAGACCAGCUCCUGACGGUGCUCCUGCAGACGUCCAUGUUCGUCGGGGGUUUCCUCGGCUUCCUCCUGGACAACACUGUUCCCGGCACCCCGAGGGAGCGCGGCCUCCUGCAGUGGCGAGCGGCGAAGGCGAGCGGCGACGCGGACGCUGUGUCGCACACCUACGACUUCCCCUUCGGAAUGGCCGCCGUCAGGAAAACCAAAUGGCUGAAGUACGUCCCCGUCUCUCCAACAUUCACCGGCUUCUUGAGAAAACGUUCCUCGUAGCGCGGGAUUCCAAGCGCCUUUAUCUUCCCUUUAUCAGUUAUCGCUUUCGAUGGUGAUCAAUUUAAUUACGUCAGUGCCUUUUGCCGGAUUCGUGGCGAAGCGUUACUGGUUUUACAGGGCUUCAAGUGCCUUAUCCUUAAUCUUACUAGGAGAUACGUUAUCUUCAGUAAGCAUUCAUACACCGGUGUUUGUGAUUUAUGUAGGGGUGACUUCGGCAGAUCCGUUUAAAGACUAGUAUUACUUUUCUUAAUUACUUUUCUUAUGCUGCAGGUUGUUCAUUUCAUUGCGGUUUUGUUGCGCAGCCACAUACGCAGGUCGUUUUAUCAAAUAGUUCCUUAUAGACAUUAUGGAUGGGGUUAAUCUGUAUAUCACCAGACUUAUUUCAUUAGAGAAUUUUUGAACAAAUAUCUGUUCUUAUGUCCAAGAUCUAAGAAGCCCUCAUCUUUUUAAAAUACUUCUCCCUUUCUUCUCCAUCCCCUCCUGAUCCUCUUUCUCGUUUUAUUCUCCGUCUUUUCUUCUUUUUGCUUUUCCUCUUUUCUCCUUCCUCCUUUCGUCUCCUUUUCGCCUUCUUUCUCUUACCUUCCUCCUCUUCCAUUUUACCUCCUUCUUUACUUCCUCUUCCUCCUCCUCUUACCCCUCAUCUCCAUAUUUUGAACAAAUAUCAGGUCUUAUGUAUAAGAAAAGACAGAUUAUGCACAAAUAAGCAUAUCAUCAUUCAUGUUCACGUGUCAUGUUUUUUUAUGACAAGAUUUAUUGUGAUUAAAAAAAUAAUUUUAAUGCAUUUCAACUGUUGUGUGGUUGUCUCAAAACCCUGUUUCUAUUGAAGGAAGAUCUCUAUAUAUAAUAUAUAUAU